AAUAAACAAGACAGUACCAAGAGUAGCAGUUACACCGACUUUCUUGAUAUUCUUCUGACAGCACGCGAUGAAGACGGACAGGGUCUUACAAAACUAGAGAUACGGAAUGAAGUGGAUACUUUCUUGUUCGAAGGUCACGACACAACAGCCAGUGCCUUAUCAUGGAUCUUGUAUUCUUUGGCAGAGAACCCUGAAUGUCAACAAAAAUGUCAGACUGAGAUAGAUGAGAUACUUGCAGGCAGGGAAACAGAUGACCUGGAGUGGUCUGACUUAAGUCACUUAGAAUAUCUUACAAUGUGCAUAAAAGAAGGAAUGCGCCUACAUGCUCCAGUGCCGGGUAUAACACGAGACAUCACUCAAGACUUUGAACUAGACGACAGAGUUGCUCCUAAAGGAACACAAGUCAUUGUUAAUAUUUGGAUAUUAAACCACAUGGAAAAAAUUUGGGGUCCUGAUCACAUGAAGUUUAAACCAGAACGAUUUUCGAAGGAAAGAAUUGACCAAAUUGAACACUUCCAGUAUGUGCCAUUCUCUGCAGGACCAAGAAACUGUAUCGGACAAAUAUUUGCAAUGAAUGAAGAAAAGGUAGUCCUUACAAAGCUACUUAGAAAUUUUACAUUUCGUCUUGACCCAUCACAUACAGUAAAACGUAAAAUAUCGACUGUCAUGAGAACACAAAAUGGAAUGUACAUGUUUGUUGAGAAACGAAGACCAACUAUUUAUUGAAUUUUAGACAAAGUCUUGUUUUGUAUCGAGGAGAUAUAUGAAAGGCAUCUCUGACCUGAAAUGUACGGUGUAUAUAAAACUGUAGCUUACAAAGAAUGUAGUGUAUAAUGGUGAUAAUAAUGGUGAUAAUAAUUUAUAUAUAUUUAGAAUAUGCAAUACUUAUUUAUUUUAUGUUCAUUUUUAAAGCACUUUUUUAUGAUUAAAACAGCCAGACAACAAAAUUAUACAUGUUUAUGAAUAUCCAGAAAGCGUUAAUUAUAUAAUAUAUUUCACAGAGUAAACAAAAUAAUUAGUAUUUACAUGAGUGGUGUUACAGUUGGUGUUUACAAGUGGAAUGAAAUUAAAUUAAAUUUUAUGCAAAACAACAAUUUUUCAUCAUUUCAAGCUUUUACAGCAUGGUUUACGUUUAGAGGUCAUCGCUAUUGAUAGCUUGGAUAGUAUAUAUGUACUAUAACAUAAGUAAAAAAUAAGUGGGCGUGUUCAUGUUCAUAUAUAAUGUCCAAGCCACGACCGACUGACGGCAUUACCAAAACAGCUCCAAUGCAAAAAUCGGCUUAUGGACGUUUCGGACCUUUUCUGCAAGACACUUUGGCCCUUUUAUAUCAUAAUAUAAGGUGUUUUUUCUUAGUUUAUAAAAUGAAAAUUUAACAUUUUCAUAUUUGAAAUUAAAAAAAAAAACAGACAAGAAUGCAAUGAAUUAAAGCGGCAUUAGGCCUAUCCAAGGGUUAUAAGGUAAGUGACCAAGUCACAAUCAAAAUAAGUUUAAAUUUUGUCAUAAUUCCUCACAAUUCUAAAAUUUCUUUCGUAUAUAUGAUAAAUAACUCACGUAACCCGAGGAAAUUUAUAAAAUACACGAUCUUUGAUUUCUAUCUGUUCGAUUACUUUAUUGUAUAUUGUUAAAUUCGUUUCUAUCAGCAAUUACACAUGAUAUACACUAUGUUUAUGUUAUAUGCCAUUAAGUAUUGAAUAUAGUUUUUUCGUGUCAUUAUCUACCGGGGAGGGCCGACCGCUAAUGUUGUAAGAACUUGGGCCCAACCCGUUUGCCUUUGCUGUUUAGA